CAUUUUUUACAGUUAAAAGUGCAGACAAAAGCCCUGUUUUAAGCUUUAAGCUUUUACAUUUUACAUAAUUUAAGAAUUGUCUUAGGGUGUAUGACCUUGGUAGAAUUCCUUAUGUAUUUCGUAAGAGCUACAUUCCAAAACCCUUACUCACGGUGAGCAGCACCUUAUUCCACAAGUGCUUAUAUAGAUUUCAGUGGGAGCACUUGUGGAGUAAAGCACUAUUCAACCUAAGUUAAAGGUAUCCAAGGGGGAGGGAUAGUUCAGUGGUUUGAGCAUUGGCCUGCUAAACCCAGGGUUGUGAGUUCAAUCUUUGAGGGGGCCAUUUAGGGAUCUGGGGCAAAAAUCUGUCUGGGGAUUGGUUCCCCCUUUGAGCAGGGGGUUAGACUAGAUAACCUCCUGAGUCCCUUCCAACCUUGAUAGUCUAUGAUUCUAAGUCUGACCCUAAAUCUCAUUUGCUGAUCUCUGUUAUUCUGACAGGAGGAAAGUUUUAGGAAAAAAUGGCACUUGCAAAUUAUACAUUAUUUCAGUUUUGUGCAUGAGUUACAUCCUCAUUUAUCUUUGUCAAAACCAAAAUAAUUCUACAACUGUGGUGUGCCUGACUCAGCAGGGGAGUAGGGGAACAAGUGACUCAUGUGAAACUUUUUAUUAGCUCCAGUCCCUGCUUCUCACCACAAUCAAGAAGUACAGCAACCCAAAGAAUCUUCAUGUGUUUUACGGAAGAACAUAAUAUGAAUGUGAAAUAUAAAGGAAUGGCUAGAUUAUCAGUGAACAAGAGAUUGGGAGAGGGUACAAGAAGCAACCUCCCCCACCACUGAUCCCGUGGAGGCGACAACUACGCUGAUUGGUUCAUUCCUCUGCAAGCCACAACUGCCAGAUCCCUCCCACACAGGCCCCAGCUUCCAGCCCUGGGGCAGGAGUCCAGCAGGGAAGUGUUGACUGACAGCUGUCGCUGCAUCCUGGGCUUGUGCCAGCCAUCCUGCCACCUCGACAGGAAGCAACACUGCCCCCACCUCCAGUGAGUACCCCCUCCACAGUAUGAGCCAUCAGUGGAUUACCAACCUUCAGAAGAAAAUGAGAAUUUUUGCCUCAAUAACUCGACACAUUUGGGGACUUUUUGUAUCAGAGAGGAAGCCUGGCUGGAAGAAUCUGUUGCAGCUUUUUGCAGUUUGCUCUACUGUUAGCUUCAUCAUAAGCAGCCUCUUAUUUCUUGGCUUGCAUUCCUUUCUAGCACACUAUCCUUUGGUUUCCUUAGCAAUUUCUGGGUCCACCUGGAUUGGCCUGUCUACUGGGUUGUGUUCCUCCAAGCACAUGCGCUGCUUUGGCACACUGUUUGUUCUUUCUUGCAGCUUGCGUGAAGGUAGAAAUGCGCUUAUUGCUGCUGGGACUGGUGUCGUGGUAGCUGGCAACAUCCAAAAUAUUUUUCACAACCUAAAGAUAUUGGCAGACAGUAUAGCUUGCAAUCUAGAGAUUGAGCAAUUUUCCUUUAUAAAAGACUAUAUUAAAAUAAUUCAGUGGAUUUAUAAUGAGACUAAACGUUUAAGUAACCCAGUGGAAGAAGUAGUAUCACUGAGUGACAAAUUCAAUGUAUCUUACUUAAUUUCAGAUGAAAAUUUGAAAAUGAAGUUGAACAACACAAAACAACAAAUCCAGAGUGUUACUAACCAUAUAUCUUCUAUACUGGCUAUACAGCCCUAUAUAAACCAGGGGUUGUUGCCUAUAAUAGGAAUUCUUCUAGUUCCUCUUGGCACAUACCUUUUCUUCAGAAAAUUCUUGGGCACUCAUAGUGUGAAGUUUAAGAAUAUUUACAUUACAAAACAGUUCAUUAAAUUUGAUGAGCACCAAAGGCAGCAACAAAAGCCCUGUGUUCUUCCACUCAGUAAAAAAGAGAGCAAAAAGUAUGUGAUCGUCCCAUCCCUCUGCCUAACACACAAGGAAAGGAAAAGCAUAGGACGUGUUCUAAUCCCUGUAUUUACUAAUCUUUGCAUCUGGGUUCUGUUUGCAGCAGUAGAUUAUUUGCUUUACUGGCUAAUUUUUUCAGUGAGCAAGCAUCUCCACGCAUUACCAGCGCUAGAGGUUAAUUUGAAAGUCAGGUACCAAAAAAAUGAAAACACGUUUAUUUUCAACAAUGGAGAGCGCAAGACAACGAAUGUUUCCUUUAACUCUUCUCUGUUUAAGCAUGAAUGCCUCCCUAAACCAGAGUUUUUGCUCUCCUCAACAUGGCUCCAGCUUGGAUGCAUCAUCUUUUGUCUAAUAAUAUUUGCAUUAUUCUCCACCACCCUGACGCAACUUAAAAUACUUGUGUCAACUUCAUUUUAUCCCAACAUAGAGAUGAAACGGAUACAUUAUCUGCAUGAAAAACUACUGAGAAAAAGAUCAAAGAUUCCACAGAAAAAUGUAAAAAGGAAAUUGAACUCAUUUGCUACAAAGUUCCACUUCUGGUUCCCAAUAUUCAAGGCAAUGGGAAUGGUCAGGAAGAAAGAAAAAGACAUGAUAAACAUCAACAAUGUUUGAAAAAGGCCAGUUAACCUUUUAGAUAAGCUCACAGUUCUUCGGUUCAAAAGGUCCCUGUAUAUUGCACCUGUAUUGCUCCUGCUUUGUUAAAAUAUUUCCAUAAAGUGCUGCCAGUUAAUUUGCAUAUUAUAUAUAAAUUUUAAAUAAGUAAAAAUAAAUGUCAAAAGAUAGCAGCCUGCAGUAUUUUGGUAAAAUUUGGGAAACUGUAAUAAUAUUUAAUCCUAUUAUUUAAUCUGUUUUCAAUUCUGAUUCUGCGCUGCCUUGCACCUGUGCAGACAUUUAGGGCCUGACUCCCAUUCCUGGUAAGGCCACCAUACAUUGUUGUGGCAGUAUUAUUCUGUAAUUUACAUUUGCUCCUACCUUGAAUACCCUGUAUUCUGCCACAGUGUGUAAAGCGGCUCUACUGUAAAAUAGGAAUCAGGCUCUUAGUCUCCAAUCCAACUUUAAGCAUGAGCUGUCCCAUUGAAAUCACUGAGCCUAACAUAUUCUUAAGUAUCCUGCUGAACUGGUGGCCUUACACAUAUGUGAAGUGAGAGCAAGAUGCUGCUAUUCUGAACUGGUAGCAGCUGACAACCACUCUGGACUUAUUUUACACAUACAUAAAUGCCACAAAGUGCAAGGCACUGGAAAAUCAGGCCUUCUGUGUCCUUGUUUUCUCUUGGACUAAUUUAUUCUCCCCAAACAAUUUCAGGGAACUACACUGGUCAUAUAUAAGGUUACGGUAAUAUAAGGUUGCUUGAGCAACCUUGAUUCUGGCAUUUCCUAACUUUCUUCUUGCAAUAUUAAGAAUGUUCUGUGAACAUAGGGUUGUUUGUUUGUUUGUUUUUUGUAAUUUGUAAUUUCCUAGAUUUUUAGAAAAGCAAACUGUAAAAACAUAAAUUCCAUCAUGUGGCAGCUUGUCGAUACCCACAUUAUUCAUCUGCAAGAUGAGAAUCUUUAGAUCUAUCACACAGACCUCUGACACUUGAACUAAUAGAGUAACUGACAGAAGAAGUAGGUUGUUAUCCUCUAUGUGGACCAGCACUGGAGGGGAAUGAGACAUACACUUUGCCACUUCCACUGACAGUAGAAGAGUGCUGAGACUCAAAGAAUCUUGAGUUCCAUUCCAGGUCCUGGAGUAGAAUGUGCUCAAAUGGGCACAGAGAAUCUCUGCUCAUUUGCCUCAAGAUUGACCUCUCCUGUCCCAUCCCCUCCAACCUGUCCUUUUUCCCAGUUCUGUCUCUGACCUGCUCUUGGCUCCUUGUCCCAGUCCCAUUCUCUUUGCCUACUCAGUGCCAAUCUCCAUUCCCAGGUUUCUCAUCCCAUGCCCAGUUUCCUUGUUCAGCCAGUCCCAGUGCCCCCUUACAAGUUCCUUGUCUGAUCUGUCUCCCUCUACCCCAUUGGCUCCCAAUCUUAAUCUCACUCCCUGGCCCCCUCAUCCAAUCUCAGUCUCCCUCCUACACCCUUUCUGGUGCUUUGCCCCAGUGUCUUUGCCCAGACAAUUGCAUUUCUCCCCUGCACCUCAGUUCCUUCUGAGAUCUGCCCUCAUUCCCCCUAUCCACAGAUUCAUAGUCUCUUUUUCCAGCCAGUCUCAAUCUCCCAUCUCCCCCCAGCUCCUUGCCUGAUCCGAGUGUCAUACCCCAGCCAAUUGGUUCCCAGCCCCUCCCCAAUGUCCUUCACCAGCUCCAAAUCCAGCCUCCCCUCCCUUCCUCCUGGCUCCCAGUCCACAACCUCGAUUCCCCCACAGUCCCCAGUCCCAGUAUCUUUUCCCAGCCUGUCCCGGUCACAGUUUCUCUCUUCCUCACUCCAGUUCCAUUCUCACCAAAUUUCUGGUUACAAUUUACUCCUUUUCCUCCCCCCGGUCCAGCUUUUGUAUCUUCUGCAUUCAACUCCUCCAUGCUGUCUGGGUCUCAGCAGGGAUGUCAUUAAUCACAUAGGAGAGUCAGGCCCCUUGCUCUCAAUUCCAGUGCGCAGCCCGACCCUGGCCCAGAGCAGCCAUUCUGAGCAAAGUCCAGCUUCACCCCUGUAGCCCUGGGCUAGAAGAAGCAUGUUCAGUCACUCUGCGCUGUGACGGGAUGGAGUACGCUCAGCUGCUCUGUGAGGAUGGCACACUCCAGUUCCACAUGGUAGCCGUAAGGGGAUGGAGAUGCUCAGGUGCUCUGUAGGGAUGGUGCUUGCAUGGUCUAACGAGGCUAUGUUUACGCUACAGAGCUUAUAGUGGCACAGCUAUACUGCUCCAGCUAUGCCAUGUAAGGUCUCCCAUGUAGCCGCUCUUUGCCAACAGAAGAGAGAUCUCCUGCCAGCAUAAUUAUACCACCCCCCAAUGAGUGUCAUUUGCUAUGUCAGCCAGAAAGCCUCUCCUGCCAACAUAGCGCUAUCCACACCGGCACUUUUGUAAGUGAAACUUACGUUGGCCAGAGGUGUGGGUUUUUUUCACACUCCUAACCAACAAAAGUUUUACCAACAAAAGUGGUAAUGUAGACAAACGCCUAAGUACUAGUUGCUGUGAAAAGCUCAAGCAUAGUCAGUGAGGAUGAAAUCUUUGGAAAUUUUAGCUGCUAAAGUAAAACAAGUCUCUAUUGAGAAUGUUCAAACUGUGAUUUUUUUAAAGGCUUAUAACUUGGCCAAAUGUGGGUGGGUUUUCAUGGGGAUGGCAAAAGGCCAAUCCCUGACACAAUAUUACCUGCUUGCUAACUUUCAAGUCCCUGCUUCACAGCAUGGGGGCUCUAGAGCUGCUCACAGAAAAGGUUGCCAGAAUUUUUAAUAUGGGCCAAACAAUAUAUUUCUCCUUUGCCUCCUUCUCAUGAAUGGCUAAACUAUUUUGGCUGAUAUUUUUCCAAAAAAAGGUUCAGUCUGAGGAAGCCACUUGGCAUGUAAUAUUUCAGCCUAAAUAGUUAAAGUUUGGCAAAGUGUUUUAUAAUGUAAAGUGUCAGGCAACCUUAAUAUUAGCCUCUCCUUUAAUAUAAUAUGUGAAUUAUACUUGGUGGAUUUUCACUUAAUGGCCAUAGGGAAGAAGCAUAUUUUCAAGUGCAGUUAUGGUAGGAAAAGUGACCAUAUUAAAAUGGCUCCUUCCCACUCAAUAGAUCACUGUGUGUAUAUAGAGAGAGCCAAAUAUGCUGACUUUGGAGACAAACACAUUUACUACAUUUGACUUCUGCAAAGAUUAUUUUCUGGUUCAUGUCUCACCAACACAAUUGUUGGUGAAGUUCCAUUGACAGUAUUUGUAUUAGUGGGGAUGAGGCAUGGGCUGGAAGGAGGGCAGUUUGACACUCAGAUUCCAGGUUGAGUUUAUAGUUCUUUAAUUGUAAACUGAGCAAAUUUGCUAUGAACUCAUUAACAGGCAUGAUAAGCAUGUUAAUUUUACAGUCACUUUUCAGCAUAGAAAUGCACUUUGAAGGUGAUUGUGACAGACGGGCAGCUGCUAUGUUAUAAUCUCAGAAUUCUGAGUUGUAAUAAAGUUAUGAAUACUAUAUCUAACCUAGCUAUCAAGAGAGCCUGCAUGCUUACACUAGAGUAAUGGACUGUUUAUUCCAUUCUUCCGAUAUUGCUUUAAUUCAAUGGGGAUGGAGGGAAGAACAAAUAGGAAGGUAACUCGAUGAUUCUCAAGAUCAGAACUUCUCAGCACACACUUGAAAGACUUAAGCUAUUAGCCUUGAGCAUCCUAUAUCCUGUCUGCAGCCCAAAGCAACACAGCUGUUUUGGCAAUUCUGGGAACUAUUAGACCAAAGGGCUAUAAACAUUUUAAAAGUGACUUAGUCUCUGGGAAGGAGAGUGAUCAAAAAGACUAAACAGCUUUGAAAGUAGAUUCUCCUUGCAGCCACGGAGAAGAGUAAGAGGGGGAGGGGGAGGGGGAGGAGAAAUGGUUUGGGAAUGAAGGGAACAGACUAUGCCAAUCAGAUCCUAGAGGUCUCAAGGGAGUGGGGCUACAGGAAUCUUAGGCCUACCAGGUGCCCAUGUGGAAGAUGGAUAGACACCUGGUAAACCAGAUAUGUGUAUAGGACUGGUGUAUUAUUUUAAUACAGGUUUUCUCUGAAAUACUUUGGUGCUAAAUCAUGAAUACUCUGCUUUAAGAAGGCUGUUUCAUUACUGGAUACCACUGCCAUAGCUCCCAGAUGGAGAUGAACUGCUGGUAGUGAACCCAGGUCAGGCCUGCUGAGGUAAUCAUGGUUGAUCAAAGGGGACUUCAGCCCAGAGCCCGAUCUGAGAGUGGGAGAGUUGCCUGAUUCCACCCCAAGGCAGGUGAUGGCUAGAAGCCUGAUGCCUGAGAGGGGGCAUGCUCAAAAAGACUAGGUGGGGUCAGAGUUGCAGCUAGCCCAGUAACUGUGACAAUGGGGAGAGAGGGAACAUGGCACACAAAGAAAGGAGAGUGUUCCCAACGUGAGGGUAAUGGAGGUGAGCACAGAGGGAGAUGAUUCUUGAAGAAGGUUUAGGAGGAGUGUAUGUAGCAAGGGUAGGGGAAGAAUUGUGCAGUACUUUGAAAUCUUCAAUCUGAGGAUCUCAAAUGGAUUUAGCAGAUGGGAUUUUCAAAAGUACUUAGCAUUGACCUAAUUUUAUUUCCAUAGGAGUCAGUGAUAAAGUGCCAUUAACCUCAAUGGGAACAGAGGUAGGCCACUGUUGAGUGCUUUUAAAAAUCCACUUAUUAACAUUAAUAAAUUAAGCCUUAAAAGAUCUAUGUUACUGGAGGCGAAACUGAGGCACAGACUGAUUAUACAUGACUUGACCAAGAUCACACAGGAAGUCUAUUGCAGAGCUAAGACUAGACCCCAAAACAUCUGAAAUCCAGUCCUGUGCUUUUAGCCAUAAGACCAUCUUCCCGCUCUAUGCAACCUCAAAAUAGCAAUUACACACCAUUACUCUGUAAUGUGCGCACAAACCGCAGUCAGUCAUUAACACAAGGCUCUCCAACCUACAGUAAUAAAGCCAGAUUUAAAGUUUUCCAGCACUGAUGUAUGACUGUGUGGUUCCUCUCUGCAAAUGGCUGUCUUAUGAAGCUAAUAAAACCCUAUAGGCAAGUAACAACUGUCGCAGAGAGAUAUUGCUUUUCUACCCUGCUUCUGAAUAGGUCAAUCCCGCACAGACUGGUAUUAAUAAAUGCAUACCGGCUACCCCAAACCAUUCAGUUCUCUCCCCCCACCCCGAUGAAGGAAUUUAUGAUGAGUCAGCAUGAAUGUGCAUUGUGCAACACAAAGCAGUGUAGAGAAGUAAAUCUGCACAGGAUUGGUCAUCAUCAGUUACUUGGGAACACUCUGAUGCUAAACUGAACUUCCUUUCCAAGGCAAGUCAAAAAUAGAGAACUAGUUUUAAUUUUGAUGUCUACUUUAAGCAGGAGUUACUGACUGCUGUCGCCUGUUAGAUCUCACAUCUUUACCAAAGUCUAGAGCUAAGCAUCAAAGUCCAUUUGGUCUAUAUAUACUACUACUCAUUCUAAAAUGACACUUACUCCUGUGUGGAUAUUGGUGUUGCAGUGACUAGUGCAUCAGCUUUUUGACUGUAGACACUUGAGCGCUAGAAUAUAAACAUAGGCUUCCUAGCGGAUGUGCUGAAUCAGUGUGGUCCUGGUCAUGACCCCGUCCUGGCUAACACUGCCUGAUAUUGGCCAGCUACAGAAAUCCAUGUAGUCACCAAGUACUGCUGAGCUGCCCCUAGUUGGGCUAACAGCAAAUUUCACUUUGAAGUGCAACUGGAGAGCAAGAUAAAAAAACUGAGUGGGAAGAGGCCAGAGGCAACAGAGAGGGAGGGAAACAGUCAGCAGAAGAGUUACUGCUGUUCUCUUCCCCUUCAAUGACUUCUGUCAUCAGUAUUCCCCACUCUGCUUGACACACAAGCCACAAUCAUUGCAGGGGCUUUUUUUAAACAUCUCUGCUUGGCUCCCACACUCUGACCAUGUGUGCCAGGCAGAUCAUGGAGGGGGGGGGGAAAGAAUGGACCAAUGGUAAGAAGUACUGCCAUAGUACUGGUGAGGAUGGAGAGAAUGGAGCAGAAUUAGAAGGGGGAAAGUAUAGGAGGAAAACUCCAAAUUUCCCUCCACUCCUGCAGCCUUGGGAGGCGUCCAUCCUACCCUCCAUAUAUGAAUGACACAAAGCCAGCGGGCUACUCUGGCACCAUUGAUAGUCUUGACUAAAAUGGAAUAAAAAGGGGUGUGGAGGGGUCACAUUCCUCUACCCUAGUUAUUACAUGGAAAGUGAUAGAGGAUGGCAAAAAGGCAUUAAUUCUCAAGAAGAAUUGAUUAGCAAGUUGACUGAGUACUGACAAACUCAGUGCUGGUGUGAUUCUUUGUGAUCCCUGAAAGAAGAGUUUUUAGAGCAGAUGGA